CUAUGAACGUUGUCUAAAUUGAUUAGCUACCGUCCGCGAGUAUUCGUUGUACAUCACAACGCAAUUUCAUCAAUGCAGUCGAACCUUUUUUCGACAACUAACUUUACUCAUCAUGUCAAAGCGAGGCACCAUCGCAGUAGAAGAAGCAAUUAUCACGCCAUCGACAAAAUGGCUCCUCGAAGAAACCUUUUCAAUUCUCAACCCUGGCGACAGCAGUAACAAAGCGCUCGAGGCCCACGCUGCUAAGCUGCUCGACAUUCAUGACAAGCGCCUCGCAACCAUGGAUGCCGAAGGCGUUGAGUACAUGCUCUUGUCAUUGACUGCGCCAGGAUGCCAAGGCAUAACGAAUCCUCAACUCGCAGGAAAAACAGCCAAAGAAGCCAAUGACUGGCUGGCAUGCGAGGUUGCGAAACGACCAGACAGAUUCGGUGGCCUUGCAGCUCUGUCGAUGCAUGAUCCUGAAGAAGCAGCGCAGGAGCUUGAACGCGCAGUCAAACAAUUGGGCUUUUUUGGGGCACUUGUCAAUGACUAUCAGAGCGUCGAGGGAGGAUCAGGACGAGAAUACUUUGACACUGCCAAGUAUGAUCCGUUUUGGAAAAAGGUUGAAGAAUUGGAUGUACCAAUUUACUUGCAUCCGAGAUAUGUGUCGAUCAAAGACCUUCAGCCUGGGUCACUGUAUGGAGAUCGGCCUCAUCUUCAAGGUGCGGCUGUGCAGUUCCAUUUGGAUCUUUCAUACCAUAUCUACGCACUUUGCUCAUCUGGAGUGUUUGACAGAUUUCCCUGCGCCAAGAUCGUCGCUGGACAUCUGGGAGAGAACAUCCCUCUGAAUCUCUGGAGGGCCAGCCAUUGGUAUAACAAGCCAAGCAAAAAGGCCACGCGCCCGUCAAAGGAAGACUACGAUUACUACUUCAAGCAUAAUGUCUACAUCACGACUUCAGGAAACUUCUUCACUCCUGGCCUGAAGCUCUGCAUUGAGACAAUUGGGCUUGACAGAUGCAUGUACUCUAUAGAUACACCGUACGACGACAUUGAGGAAGCGCAGGCGUGGUGGAGGACUGUGGAUUUGGAUCAUGACGCGAAAGAGCAAGUCGGAAGGACCAACGCCAUAAAGCUGUUUAAACUUCCGUUGGAGUAUUGAAGGGUUGGGGAGAAGCGGAGAUCUUGGGUUUUUUGGGCUAUCGCUUCAAUGGUUCCGACUCGGCGAGACUUCUCCGGCCUUGUCGGAUGGUGCCGAAGGGAAGCUAAGCAGUAUCUGUGGAGUAUUAAGACAGCAUCAUAUAUCGAUAGAUACAAUGACACAUGAACGCUAUAGUAAUAGUCAACUACUAACCUGACU